AUUGGCUUCCAGUACAAAAUGCGUGCUGUGUACGCUCAUUUCCCCAUCAACUACGUGACAUCCGAGCAAAACACAGUCAUCGAGAUCCGUAACUUCUUGGGCGAGAAGUACAUUCGACGCGUCGAGAUGGCUCCCGUUGUGACAGUUGUCAACUCGACGGCCCAAAAGGAUGAGCUUAUCGUUGAGGGCAACGACAUCGAGGCUGUGUCUGGCUUAGCAGCUCUUAUCCAGCAGUCGACCACCGUAAAAAACAAGGAUAUCCGAAAAUUCUUGGAUGGUCUGUACGUGUCGGAAAAGACGACCGUCGUGAAGACUGAAGCUUAGUGUUGGGAUACCUUUUGCUUCAUAUGAAAGUUUUAAUAAUAAAUGAAAUUGCUGGUAACAACUUUAAAACAACAA